UGCUUUGAAUUCCAUUAGGGGAACCUGCCUGAGAGGAGCGCGCAUUUCUUAUGUGGAGUCUCCACUGGCAAGGGUGCCCCUAAUUUCUGUUGUUCCCAUGGCAUCUUCUGGGCAUACAGAUUCCCCACAUGCUUAGGCUAGACCCCCAGCCUCACUUCCUCUCCUGUUCUCAUCCUGUCAUCCCUCUUCUUCCCCAGAAUGCACGAGGGGAUUGCUCAGGCUAUAGAGGAAGCACUGAACAGAGUGGCAGCUAAUACCCCUCCCUGCUCGGUGACACAGUGACUAAGGUUCAGCAGGGCCACAUGCUGGGUCCUGGUCAGCUUGUUCCUGUGGUCAAAGUGUUGGGUAGGGACCCAGGCCUAGGGUGCUAACUCCUCAAACUGGAGUUCUAGUGAGCUGAGUGCCUGUCUGGUUCAGCGUCUGGGUGUGUGUAGGACCACUGCAGUGAGCUGCACGUCUCCUAGGAGAUCCAAUGCUGUGAGGUCAACUGAGCAGCUCUGGUGUUUGCUUAAAAAGCGUCUCAUUGAAACUGGUACUUAGCCAGGCCCCAGUGGUACAUCCCAACUACUUAGGAGGCUGAGGCAAGAGGAUCACAAGUUGAGGGUCAGCCUGAGCAACUUUGCAAGACCCUGUCUCAAAAUUAAAAAAAUAAAAUAGGAGCUAGGAUGUAGCUCAGUGGUAGAGGACUUGUCUAACAUGCUUAAGAUCCUGAUUUGAUUUUCCCAUACCAGGGCCUGGGGGGCUGGAGAUGUAGCUUAGUGGCAGAGCACCCCUAGGCUCAAUCCCUGUUAUUGUUAAAACAAAAAAAUUCUGGUACUUAAUACUCCAAAGUAGAGUUUCCCUGGGCUGGAGUUCUGUGUUUACUGCUUGCCCUUUAGCCUAGAGCCCUUGAGUGACCUGGUCCCUGCCCCCACCAUCAGGCUGUUCUGUCUGCCUGAAUCCACUCCUAUCCAGACUCUAGGGCCCACCAUAUAUGUGCCUGCCCAGGUAUGUCAGCCCCCUAUGUCUUAGCUGGAUUCUGUCUACCUUUCUCCAAUCCCACUUCUCCACAGCCUCCAGGAGGGUAUUUCUGAAUUUUUCUGAGGUGUCAUGUUCUGCUUCUCCUUUCUUUGUGCCCCUUGCGUGAGGAUACUGCCUCCUUCCUCUCCCACCUUCAGCCACUCAGUACCACCCACCCAGUCCUCCAGCUUUCCCUUGCCUCUCCCACUUCUCCUACAGUGCUGUCCCUUGGUGCUCCAUGCAAACCAUUCCAGAAUCACCCUCCAUCUUUAUGAACUUGGGUACCAUCACUCUUCUAUAGCUCAAGUGCUAGUCAGCAUCCAUUCUAGAUGUUCCCCAGUACCCUGCCUGGCCACUUCCAGCAUUUCCUGCAUCAGUUGUGAUUGUGUGUGUCCUCUAGAGCACCUUCACUUCCCCCUCAGGGCCCAUCAUGAAAGAGGUAGUUCACUAAAUGUUUGUGGAAUGAAUAAGUCUGGGGCAAAGAGAGCCAUGAUUGUUGCUGACCCCUCUGUCCAGUGACCAGAAAUGGGAGAGAGAGCCAGGAAGGGAGGUUUAGCUCCCAGUGUUGAUGAGUGUUAAGAUGUAGUCACCAAGGCUAACUCUGUGGUUCUCUUUUUGUCACAUGAGAGUUUGUUUUCAAAUCCAACUGUCUGGGAAAGUCAUGAUCUCUACGUAAGAGGUGAGAAAUGCAGAGUUCUCAUGACUCCCUGGAUUCUGAAGCAGUGUUUUGGGACAGCUUUAUGGUAUUGAGAAAUGGAUCCUGAAUUUGCCAAGGAGAACACUGAUCAUAUAGGGUGACCUGUACCUCAGAGGGAAUUGGCAACUGUGGGGAGGGCUCCUGGACCCUAGAGGGUUCAGCAGACUAGGGUCAUCCUUCCUGUGCAAGAGGAUCCUCCAGUACUUGUCUGAAUCCCACUUUCCUCAUCUGUGAAUUAGAGCAAAUACCUGAACCAUCCAGCUGAACUCACAGUUAGAGGUGGACCAUGAAGCCAAGUGACUGUAUGGCCAGCAGCGGUGAAAUUUGUUCUGCAGCUUCCAGAGAUGGGGGGUAGUCUACUCGCACAGAGGCACCAGCCUUGGUCCUGGGAAUCUUCCGCACCACUGUUGGAUUGACCCCAGCAUUGGCCCACUGGGGCAUCACUCCUGGACACUCCUGAGCAUCUGCUGAGUGCCAGGCCUGGACCCUGAGGAGCAGUUACAGUGGGAAAGCCCUGGAAACAUCAGAGCGGCCCUGGUGUGCCACACUGGCAGAGUGCUUCCUAUAAACAGUCCUAGUUAAUCCUCACAACAAAAACAUCAGAUGGAUCAUACCCUUCUCUGCUUCCCAUUGGGCUUAGAGUAAAACCCGGACUCCUCCUCUGCAUGCCCAGUCCCUGAGCACAGUCUCCCUGCUCUUGGCUGCCCUGCCAGCUGCAUUGUUCUCUCCCUGGAGCUCCUUCCUGCCUUCGGGCCUUGACAGAAGCCUUUUUAGCUAUCCCCAGAACCCUUUCCAUGGCUUUUUUCCUGGCUGCCUCCUUAUCUCUGUGGCUCAUAUGUCAUUUCUCAGGAGGUAUCCAAACUGCAGACCCUUUGUAAAGUUGCCAUUGCCACGCAGGUACUCUGUGGGGAGCCCCCACAGUCAGAAACUGACACUACUCUAGCUCCCAGUCUCACAGGGUGUCAAGUGGAACUUUUCUUACUUUCCUGGAACUGCCAGUGAGGCCCAAAGCUAAGGACAAAGGCAGUGCUUCUACCAUUCCAAGCUCAGGAAGCUGCAGACAGCUGGGGCUGGCCGGAGCUGCUACCUGGAGACCCAGCCCUGGGAGACCCCUGCUGUGAACUUGAGGAGGGGUGUUUCAGAUGAAUCUUCUAGAAGCAAGAGAACCUGGAGUGAUGUAGUCAUUUGCCAAAUCUCACUGAAGCUUAUCCCUUUGACAUCUUCAGACACUUGUGCUGUCCCAGGCAGACAGGGUGUGGGAUGGCAGACAGGUUAGCAAGCAAACUCUAUAGAGGGGUCUGGAGGAUCUAGCUACUCUUUACGCCCAUCCUGGCAGCCUGGGGCCCUUCUCCCUGGCAUACCAACACCAUGGAUUCCCCAGGGUACAACUGCUUUGUGGACAGAGACAAAAUGGAUGCUGCAAUCCAGGACCUGGGGCCAAAGGAACUAAGCUGCACUGAGCUGCAGGAGCUAAAGCAGCUGGCACGCCAGGGAUACUGGGCUCAGAGCCACGCCCUGAGGGGAAAGGUGUACCAGCGUCUGAUCCGGGACAUCCCCUGCCGCACAGUCACACCUGACGCCAGUGUGUACAGUGACAUUGUGGGCAAAAUUGUGGGCAAGCACAGCAGCAGUAGCCUGCCCCUGCCAGAGUUUGUGGACAACACCCAGGUGCCCAUCUAUUGCCUGAAUGCUCGGGGCGAGGGUGCCGUGCGCAAAAUCCUCCUGUGCAUUGCCAACCAGUUCCCUGACAUCUCCUUCUGCCCUGCCCUGCCAGCCGUAGUGGCCCUGCUACUUCACUACAGCAUUGAUGAGGCUGAAUGCUUCGAGAAAGCCUGCCGCAUCCUGGCUUGCAAUGACCCCAGCAAGAAGCUAAUUGACCAGAGUUUCCUGGCCUUUGAGUCAUCCUGUAUGACAUUUGGGGACCUGGUAAACAAGUACUGCCAGGCGGCCCACAAGCUGAUGGUGGCUGUGUCAGAGGAUGUCCUGCAGGUCUACUCUGACUGGCAGCGCUGGCUGUUUGGAGAGCUGCCCCUCAACUACUUUGCCCGUGUCUUUGAUGUCUUCCUGGUGGAAGGCUACAAGGUGUUAUACCGCGUCGCUCUGGCCAUCCUCAAGUUCUUUCACAAGGUGAGAGCUGGUCAGCCUUUUGAGUCAGACAAUGUAAAGCAGGACAUCCGCAUGUUUGUCAAGGAUAUUGCUAAGACGGUGUCCCCUGAGAAGCUGCUAGAGAAAGCAUUUGCCAUCCGUCUCUUCUCCCGCAAGGAGAUCCAACUCCUGCAGAUGGCCAAUGAGAAAGCACUGAAGCAGAAAGGUAUCACGGUCAAGCAGAAGAGGCAGUUUGUGCACCUGGCCGUCCAUGCAGAGAACUUCCGCUCUGAGAUUGUCAGCGUGAAGGAGAUGAGAGAUAUCUGGUCUUGGGUCCCUGAGCGGUUUGCCCUUUGCCAGCCCCUUCUACUUUUCUCCUCAUUGCAGCAUGGGUACAGUCUAAGCAGGUUCUAUUUCCACUGUGAGGGACACGAACCUACCCUCCUGCUCAUCAAGACCACACAGAAGGAGGUGUGUGGAGCUUAUCUAUCAACAGACUGGAGUGAGAGAAACAAGUAUGGAGGCAAACUGUCCUUCUUCGGAACUGGAGAGUGCUUUGUAUUUAGGCUGCAGCCAGAGGUGCAGCGUUACGAGUGGGUAGUCAUCAAGCACCCAGAGCUUAUCAAGCCGGUACCCUGCACAUCCUCCCACUCCAGCUGUUCAGACCCAGCUGACCGACUCUCACCAUUCCUGGCAGCUCGGCACUUCAACCUGCCCUCCAAGACUGAGUCCAUGUUCAUGGCUGGGGGCACUGACUGCCUCAUCAUCGGGGGAGGGGGUGGCCAGGCGCUCUACAUCGACGGGGACCUGAACCGGGGCCGCACGGGACACUGCGACACUUUCAACAACCAGCCCCUCUGCUCAGAGAACUUCCUCAUCGCUGCUGUGGAGGCCUGGGGCUUCCAAGACCCUGAUACCCAGUGAUGGGCCUGCGCUGAUGGUGACUGAGCUGCCUCUGUGGGGUGGUGGGGUAGAGGCUGGGUCACCUCUUCCAGGAGCAGGGAGUGAAACCCGCCCCUAGGUGGUGAGCAGUAUUGGCCUGCAGCUGGAUUACCAUGGCCAAGCCUGGCCAAGCCUGCUUGGACUAGCUGCUCCUUCUACUUGGAAGAGGCUCCCUGAUCCCACCUGCCUCUGGGUUAGAGCUCAGGGGGCUCAGGCCAGCACAGUGCUUGCAUAGAAGGCACACUCCUUCCCAAUUGAAGGCCAUGGCUCUCUGUGGAGGAAUCUGCCCAAGGCUAUAUAGGUUGGGGAUCUACAUCUUGCUGCCACUGGGGCUUCAGGCCCUGAUGAGGGGGAUGGAAAGACAGAGGAACCUUCCACCAAGUGUGUAGCUGUGGUGCCCCCUACUGGUGCUGCAAGGUGUCACUCCCCUCUGGAGGGGACCUGAUGUCUCCCAAGGAUUGGUCCUGAGAACAGGUGCCCUUGGCACUGUUCCCCGGUAGGAUCCCACUUCCCUCCCCAAGAGCAUCUCCCCAGGCCUCUGGUCAAGUCCCUCCUUCCCUGGGGGUCUCCUCUCCAGCAGUAACUCCACUCUGAGACUUUGCUGGGCUACAUUUGCUACUGUAGAGUGGGAAAGCGGAGGGCAGGAUUUGUGCUGAGACCCAUUGCUCCCCUAUUCCCCUAGAGAGGGUCAAAGGCCGGUGGGGUGGGGGCUGGAGGGAACGUGACAUGUCCUUGUAUUUCUGCAGAGCCUGAAGCUCUUGGUGGGCCUUUCCUUGCUGCAAGUCCACCUGAAGAGGUGGCCCCAGAAGGGACUUUCUUUGAUCAACCUCCCAAACAGCC